AUGGAUAAGAUCGAAAAAAUCAUUAGGGAACCAACAGUUAGUAGGUAUGGUUCUGAUGAUGGACUUCCUGAGCUUCGAGAAGCACUUCUCGAAAAGCUUCGCAGAGAGAAUAAGCUUACCAAGUCAUCAGUCAUGGUCACUGCUGGUGCAAAUCAGAUUGUUACUGUUGUGAAUCCGGGGAACCCCUCUGGAGCUUUUAUUCCCAGGUCUAUGCUUGAGGGAAUUUCAUAUCUGUGCAAAAAUGCUGGUCCAUGGCUUGUGGUUGACAAUACCUAUGAAACUGAAUACUUCAAUUUCUAUGAUGAAGUUUGUGGAAGUUUUGACAACAUGGGCUACAAUAGAAGGGUACAAGAAGAACUAACCGCUGAACUGAGAAGAUGCACCUAA